GGGUCAGGUGGCUACUGCUGGCCAUGCAGAGAGCCUACCUCUGCCCUCAGACAUGGCGCAUGCCCAUCCUCAUGUGCGUGCCCCUCUGCAGGUCCUUCCCACCGUCUGACCCUGGAUGACCCCAUCUUUUUCUGGAUGGUGGCAGCCUCUGUGUCAGGAGGGACAGGAGGAGCUGUGGGAACAGCCCCUCCUGCGGAGAAGGCGGGAUGCGCCUCUGCACACCCUGUCUCUGCCCCCACCCCAGCUCCGCUGGAGGCUCUUGGCCUGCGGAGGGGAGGACACAGACUGGGUGGGGCCAGGGCUGGGUCACUCUGCUCUGCUCCCCACCUGCCCGGCUCGGAUCCUGGGAUCCUCCCGCUGUGGCUGGGAGCCUGCAGGCCUGCCUUCCUGGGGACAAGAAGAGCAGCCCCCCGCCAACUGCCACCGCCAAGAGCCAGUUCAGCCUGCGCAGGAGGCAGGCCCUGCGGGGGAGGAGCGGCCCUGUCCAGAAGAAGUCCCCCCCCAAGGGCCUGAUGCAGGUCACCCGGCACCGGCUGUGCUGCCUGCCUCCUGGCCGCACCCACCUCCCCGUCAAGGAAGCCUCCAACCUGAACGCCCUGCCGGCCCCGGCCACCAGCAAAGUGAUCAAGACCCGGUACCGCAUCGUCAAGAAGAACCCGGUGUCGCCUUUCAGCGCAUCCCCCUUCCCCCUGUCCCUGCCUUCCUGGCGGGCUCGGCGGCUCUCCCUGUCCAGCUUCUGCCCCAGAUGCGUGGCACACCACGCAGACACGCUCACGCACGUGCUCAUGCCUCCUGCAUCGGCGAGCUAUCAGCUGGCGCCGGAGGCUGUGGUGUCCCUCAGGAGGCCCUUGUGGUGAGAGGCUGGGCCCUGAGCAGCCCUUUGGGACCUGUGACAUCUUGUCGUCGUACACUGACUGCUGAGGGCGGGAGGGAGGCCGCAGCCCGCCCCACGCCACCUGCCUCGGCUGAGAGUGUGGUGUCGGCCGCCCUCUGAGACCGCCUGGCUUGGGCUGUGGGCAGAGGGUGCGCCUGCGGCCUCCGCAGAUGGGGGCACGCAGCCUGCCCUGGUGGCGCCCACUGCCCUCCUCCCGCACCGCCAGGCCCAGGGAACUUGGCCCUGCGCCUGCUUCUCUGGAGGCAAGAGCUGGGAGUAUAUUUUAAGUUAAUUUUACUGCACUUUUUGUAAUAUUUUUGUUUUAAAUAGAUUUAUAAGCAUCUUGGGGGCUAUUUCUACAAAUUUAUGAAGAUAAUUUUCACUCUCUCGAUAAGGUUGAAUUUACACCUGCUAUUUCCAUAUUAAUUCACAGUGCUAAGUGGGUCUAAUUUCCUUCCGUUCUUCUGUCUGGUGAGCGUGGCCUUUUCCUAAUGCAAUUUCCCCCUCACUAAAUCACUGUGAUCGGGAGCCAGGAUCGCGCUGAAUUAACUUAAAUUAAUUUACUUAAUAAGAGAUCAUCGUGAAUGAGGUUCAGAUUUAUUGGUUCUACUCCUGCCUCCCCUCCCGCCAUAGGUAUUCCGCCCACCUGCUGGCCAGGCCCCGCCUCCGGGGUGGUCCGUGGGCCUCUCCUCCCAGCCUCUGAGCACCAGGAAGGGUUAGGCUUUGGUCCAGCUGGGGCCUGGUGGGGGUGUCCAUGGCCCAGUGGGUGAAGGUUCCCCGGGGCGGGCGGUGGCCUUGGGCGCCCUCAGGCAGUGCUGCCCUGCUCCUCAGCGGAGCUCCAAGCCCAGCGGGUGGAGCGCGGCCCGGCCCCGAGGAGCCUGUGUGCUGGGCGGGCAGGUGUGUGGGGCGCACCUUGGGUCAGGUGGAUGGGGUGAGCCCCUGACGGAGGCCCAGCUGCUCCCCCCCUCAAGCCCCCGCCUAGUCGCCUUGCUGUCUGGAUGCUCUGGCUCCUGCAGCCCUGGCGUGGCUCUUGGGCCUCAGUCCCUUUCCUGUGGGAGGAGGCACAGGGAACCCACCGGAUGGCCGUGUGUUACCUAAGGGCGUGCGUGGGGCCGUGCUCAGUGGGCCUCCCUCCGCCCUGACUGCCUCCCCAGGCCUGUCUGCCCGUUAGCAGGUACCCAGGACACAGCUGAGCGCAGAGCCCUGGGCUUGGGCCUGCAGGGUGGGGGGUGCGGGUGCCACGGGCUGAGUGCUGCCAGUGGCUGGGCUUCCUUCGCCAAGGCCACCUGUGUCCUCGCUGGGGCUGCCUGCUCAGCACGGUGGCUGUUCGGUGGCUGCUCGCCAGCUGCCCAGCCCCUGUCAGGAGCGCGCGCCGGGCUCUGCUCGUCGGGGCAGCGGAAAGGGCCUUCUCUCGGGCCAGUGGCCAGUCUGAUGCCACCCACCCGCUGCCUUCAGCUUCACCAGGGGAAGGCUCUGCAGCCGCUGGCAGUGGCCGAGCCGUUGGCCCCGACGCUGACCGCUGCCCUGUGCCGCUGCAGCUUCAAGCUCCCCAGGCAGCCUACGUCCUGGAUCCGGGGCCACAGGAGCUGGCCGGGCCCUGAGGACUCCAGACCACUGCUGCUCAGAACUGGCCCUGGUGCUCGGGGUCUGCCAGGCCUGGGGUCUGGGGGGGCAGCAGAGGGCACCCCAGGGCUGAGGCUCAUGAGCGAGGGUUGAAUGCUUUUGCUGUAAGAUUUGUGGAUUUGCCUGCAUCCUCGCUGGCUUCCAGCAGGUUCAUUAAUCUGCACGGAGGCUGAAGUGUGACUUAUAUCCCUAAACCGCCUGUCGCUUUUUUUCUCUCCAAAUUCAUUUGAUGUGAAAGUGCGGAAUAAACAAGCCGCGCAGAAGCCGCUGCGUCUGAGCUGCUGCUCGGGCUACAAAUGGCGCUGUCACGGCACUGCCGUC